CCCCCUCCUCGCUUUGCCAAUCUUUGCUCUUGUUUCUUUCUCCAUCAAGAGAGCUAUAACAGUAAAAUUUUUUGUUUCUUUCUUUUGGUGGAUACCCAGAAAGCCAGGAAGAAAAUAAUGGCUGUAAAUUACUCAGUGCCAGCUUAUUUCAUACUCAUAUUAUUAUUUAUAUCCCGUAUAAGGUCCACAGUAGGAAAAUCUAAGCCCUCGACAAAUUUCCCACCACCUAAUCUCCUCACUCUUGAUUUCUCUGAAAGAAUCCGCACAGACCCUUUGGCCAUUGAAUCAGCCUCUAGCGACUAUGGUAACAUUGUCCACGAAAACCCAGCUGCAGUUCUUCAUCCAUCAUCCCCACAAGACAUCGUGAGUCUAAUAAAAUUCGCCUACAAUAAUUCUGGUACGUUUACUAUAUCUGCCAGAGGCCGCAGCCAUUCUGUGUUUGGACAAGCUAUGGCUCCUAAUGGAGUCAUAGUAGACAUGAUGCGUCUAAGGAGUCAUAGAGAGAAUAAUGGAGUGAUUGUCUCAAAGAAUCCUUCACUGGGGUACUUUUACGCAGAUGUAGGAGGCGAACAGCUAUGGAUUGAUGUGUUAAAAGCCACAAUGGAGCAUGGACUUGCACCUGUGGCGUGGACUGAUUACUUGUAUCUCACAGUUGGAGGAACGCUGUCUAAUGCUGGAAUUAGCGGGCAAAGUUUCCGAUAUGGUCCUCAGAUCAGCAAUGUCUACGAAAUGGAUGUUGUCACUGGAAAAGGAGAGCUUGUCACUUGCUCUCCACACAAGAAUUCUGAGCUAUUUUAUGCUGUUCUCGGGGGCCUAGGCCAAUUUGGAAUCAUAACCAGAGCUAGAAUAGCUAUAGAGCCAGCUCCAAAGAGGGUUAAGUGGGUACGAAUGCUUUACAGCGAUUUCUCAGCUUUCACAAAAGAUCAAGAACGUUUAAUCGCAAUCAAUGGAAGAAGACAAAGCAGUGCACUUGACUACGUGGAAGGUUCACUUCUUAUGAACCAGGGUCCUCCAAAUAAUUGGAGAUCUUCCUUCUUCCCUUCCUCUGAUAUCCCCAGAAUCAUGUCCCUCGUAACCCAACAUGGCAUCAUCUACUGUCUAGAAGUGGCCAAGUAUUAUGAUGAUUCAACCCAACAUUCUGUGCCCAAGGAACUUGAGCAAAUGUACAAAGGGUUGAGCUUCAUUUCUGGAUUUAAGCUGGAGAAAGAUGUGUCGUUUAUGGAUUUUUUGGAUAGAGUAAGAAAUGGAGAGCUGAAGCUUCAGUCACAGGGAUUAUGGGAUGUUCCUCAUCCAUGGCUAAAUCUUUUUCUGCCAAAAUCUCGUAUUUCUGACUUCAAUUCAGGUGUUUUCCAAGACAUUGUUCUUAAACGAAACAUUACUACAGGACCUGUCCUUAUUUACCCAAUGAACAGAAACAAAUGGGAUGAUCGAACUUCUGCAGUUAUACCAGAAGAGGAAGUAUUCUACACAGUAGGAUUUCUGCAUUCAAGUGGAUUGAAUGACUGGCAAAGAUAUGAUGAUCAGAACAAAGAAGUGUUAAAGUUCUGUGAAAAAGGUGGCAUCAAAGUUAAAGAAUAUUUUCCCCAUAACAAAACUAAAGAAGAAUGGAUCAACCAUUUUGGCUCAAAAUGGAAAAUUUUUCGAGAGAGGAAAUCUAUGUUUGAUCCAAAAAUGAUGCUAUCACCAGGCCAGAGAAUUUUCAACUGACCCUCUAAGGCUUAGCUUCAUAGUACAAGAACGAGAGACAAGUAGAAUCUACAGGCAUUUAAGGUAAUAUAACAGUGAGGAAAGAAGAUGGUGAAAAAGGGUAGCACGACGACAAGACGUUUACUGUAGGUAGAAGUUGACAGGUAGUAAAUAGUAAUAUAUAUCCAAAUCAUGAGGAAGUUCAUU